AUGUAUCCGUGCCAGCGAGAGAAAGAUAUCACACAGCAGACUGAUGGCAGGGCCACAGAGGAGCCGGAAGUGAUUCCAGACCCGGCCAAACAGACCGACCAAGUGGUGAAAAUUGCCGGUAUCAGCGCUGCCGUGCUGGUCUUCAUUCUCCUGGUGCUCGUGGCCAUCCUGCUGGUGAAGAAAAGGAAGCUCGCCAAGAAGCGCAAGGACGCCAUCGGAAACACCCGUCAGGAGAUGACGCACAUGGUCAACUCCAUGGAUCGCAGUUAUGCAGACCAGAGCACUCUGCACGCCGAGGAGCCCGUGUCCGUCACCUUCAUGGACUCGCACAGCUUCAGCAACCGCUUGCCUAAUGACCCUCUCGUGCCGACAGCUGUAUUAGGUGAGGAUUGGGUGUAUGGUGUGCCCGUGUCUGUGGAGUUUCAUCAGAGCAAUUCAGUUCAAUCUGUGCCGUGGCUCAAAGACAACAUGAAAUCCAGUUUACUUGCUUUUAAAUUGAAUUGUUUGCUGCCUCCAACAAAAUUCGUAUUUUUGUUUCUCUUGCAGGGAUACCAGAGGCCCAGCCAUUACAUCGCAACUCAAGGCCCUGUCCACGAGACGGUGUACGACUUCUGGAGGAUGAUCUGGCAGGAGCAGUCGGCUUGUAUCGUGAUGGUAACCAACCUAGUGGAGGUGGGCCGGGUGAAAUGCUAUAAAUACUGGCCAGAUGAUGCUGAAGUUUAUGGAGAUUUCAAAGUGACGUUUGUGGAGGUCGAGCCGCUCGCGGAAUACGUUGUCAGGACUUUCACUCUGGAGAGGAGGGGCUUUAAUGAGGUGCGAGAGGUAAAGCAGUUUCACUUCACUGGCUGGCCCGAUCACGGAGUCCCGUAUCACGCUACAGGACUGUUGUCAUUCAUCCGACGAGUCAAGAUGUCCAACCCUCCCAGCGCUGGGCCUAUCGUCGUCCACUGCAGUGCGGGAGCCGGCCGGACAGGGUGUUACAUCGUGAUUGACAUCAUGCUGGACAUGGCAGAGAGAGAAGGGGUGGUGGACAUCUACAACUGCGUCAAAGCUCUGCGCUCCAGACGAAUCAACAUGGUUCAGACUGAGGAGCAGUACAUUUUCAUCCACGAUGCCAUCCUGGAGGCGUGUUUGUGUGGCGAGACGGCGAUUCCCGUGUGCGAGUUCAAAGCCGCGUACUACGACAUGAUCCGCAUCGACUCUCAGAGCAAUUCCUCUCACCUCAAAGACGAGUUCCAGACGCUGAACUCAGUGACUCCUCAGCCUCAGCCUGAAGACUGCAGCAUUGCACUCCUUCCUCGAAAUCACGACAAGAACCGUUUCAUGGACAACCUCCCGCCCGACCGCUGCCUGCCCUUCCUCAUCACCAUCGACGGAGAGAGCAGCAACUACAUCAAUGCAGCGCUAAUGGAUAGCUACAGGCAGCCGGCCGCGUUCAUCGUGACCCAGCAUCCGUUACCCAACACCGUCAAGGACUUCUGGAGGCUGGUGUAUGAUUAUGGAUGCACCUCCAUCGUCAUGCUAAACGAGAUCGAUUUGGCUCAGGGCUGUCCUCAGUACUGGCCGGAGGAGGGGAUGCUAAGAUACGGCCCUGUACAGGUGGACUGCAUAUCCUGCUCUAUGGACUGUGAUGUCAUUAGUCGUCUUUUCAGGAUAUGCAACCUGACCAGGCCUCAGGAAGGUUACCUGAUGGUCCGUCAGUUCCAGUACCUGGGAUGGGUGGGUCAUAGGGAAGUUCCCGCCUCCAAGCGCUCGUUCCUCAAGCUGAUCCUCCAGGUGGAUAAAUGGCAGGAGGAAUGCGAGGAAGGCGAUGGACGCACUAUUAUACACUGCCUGAACGGAGGCGGCCGCAGUGGGAUGUUCUGUGCCAUCAGUAUUGUGUGUGAAAUGAUAAAGCGGCAGAAUGUUGUAGACGUCUUUCAUGCUGUGAAGAGUCUGAGGAACAGCAAGCCCAAUAUGGUGGACAGCCCGGAGCAGUACCGCUUUUGCUACGAUCUGGCUCUGGAGUACAUCGAGACGUCGUAAUGGAGACGUACGGACUCGUGUGUGUGUGUGUGUGUGUGUGU